AUGUACGAAGGGAUUGACAACCUGAAAUCCCUUUACGACCGUGCCGGGAAGACUUUCCUCGGCGGCCCUUCUGCGGCACAGGAUGUGCCGCGUCGUACUGCUCAACCAGACCCAGUACGUCAACCAUCAGUUGGGAGCGGGGCUCCCAAGUAUCCCAGGACGGGGGAUAGCCGCGCCAUCGGACGAGAUAACUCGUCCGACGUCCGUUCACGUCGCGGUGGUUCAACAGCUGCUCAACUAGAUAGCGCUGGCCACCGCGAGAGUCCUCUAAUGGAGGUGGAGGAGGAGGAAAGACGCUCUCCACACGAUCGUGGGGAUCCGUGUGUUCCCGAGAGCUUCUUUGAUCGCCUUGAGAACGAGAGAGCUCUGACAUCUCUUCGUGACGAGCUAAGGGUAGCUCGUGGGAUUGUUGAUCGGUCUCGGGAUGAGAUAGCUGCUCUUCAGACCCUUGUUGAUGCCCACCAUCAGGAGCACAAGGCUCUCUGCGAGAUGCUUGAGCGCAAGGGCGUUCUUCAUCGGAAGAAGCAGCGUACUGGUGGUACGGCUUAA